AUGGUAUCUACAAGUGAGAAAAUCUUAGAGAAGUCCACUAAGGGCGCUACGUUUCUUAUGCUUGGUCAAUUAUUCACCAAAGUUGUUACAUUCAUUUUGAAUACUUUGUUGGUAAGGUUUCUUUCUCCUAGAAUAUUUGGAAUAACGUCAUUUUUGGAGUUCUUAUCCUCUACUGUUUUAUUCUUCAGCAGAGAGGCUAUUAGGAUUGCAACGUUGAGGAUUAAUGGGUCCAAUGAGGGAGGUCACGAUGGUGAGGAUAAAGACUAUGUGGAUGAUCCGAAUGUGUUGCAAGCUGCUGUUAAUUUGGGAUAUAUACCUAUAUGCAUCGGUUUCCCCCUAGCACUUGUACUCAUGGCUUGGCAAUAUUCCAAUAUUAACGAAUAUUUCAUCGAGUUGCCGUUUUUCAGUUGGUCAAUAUUCUUUAUAUUUGUGGGGAUUCUGGCAGAAUUGUUCAGCGAGCCAUUGUACAUUGUGAACCAAUUUAUGCUCAAUUACAAGACCAGAUCUGAAAUAGAGGGUUUAUCAGUUGCAGCUUCUUGCAUUGUAAACUUUUGUAUUAUAUAUUGGUACGAAAAUUGGAUCAACGGUACCGGAGAGACAAUACAUGAUAAUUAUAAACAAGAGGGUAUUGCAAUAUUGGCUUUUUCGUUAGGUAAGGUUACAAGAGCUAUCACUGUGCUUUGCUUAUAUUACGUUGAUUAUUUGAGGCAUCAUGCAUUAAAAAAGCAGUUUUCAAUCUCUUUAACAAAGAUAAAGGUGUCAGAGGGGACAGGCUCUUAUUUAUUUCAAUCUGAAAUUGUUCAACAUUUCAAGAAAGUAUACUUCCAACUAUGUUUUAAACACUUACUCACUGAAGGUGAUAAGUUGAUUAUCAAUUCGCUGUGUACUAUUGAAGAGCAGGGUAUCUAUUCAUUGUUAUCCAAUUAUGGUUCAAUAAUUACUAGACUUCUGUUCGCUCCAAUAGAGGAGUCUUUGCGUUUAUUUCUAACCCGCCUUCUUUCUAAUAAGUCAACAAGCAAUUUACUUCUGUCCAUGGAUGUGCUUAUCAACUUGGUUAAGUUUUACGUUUACUUAACUAUAAUCAUUGUAAUAUUUGGCCCAACCAGUUCAUCUUUUCUAUUACAGUUUUUGAUCGGAUCUAAAUGGUCUAGCACAAGUGUUUUGGAAACUAUAAGCGUUUACUGCUUUUACCUCCCAUUUUUAUCUAUGAAUGGAAUACUUGAGGCCUUUUUCUCCAGUGUCGCAUCUGGUGACCAAAUAUUGCGCCAUUCAUACUUGAUGAUGCUUCUGUCGGGAGUCUUCCUACUGAACUGUUGGAUGUUCAUUGAUUAUUUCAACCUAUCUUUAGAUGGAUUGAUCUUAAGCAACAUGAUCAACAUGGCUCUAAGGAUCGUUUAUUGUGCAAUUUUUAUUAAUGGAUUCUAUAACAAAUUAUUUUCAGGUUCUAAAUCUCGAGGGUCUUUGGCGCUUAACUUUGGUAAUUUAAAAGCCAUCGGAUUUAUUUCGUUAGUAGUUGGAUUGUUCGCCUGGUGUAAAGUCGGUUAUGUUCAAAACUUUGAACAGUUAUUCAUAAAUAUUCUCCUUGCCGUGCUUCUGGUAGCCGCAAUGAUUUAUAAAGAGAGGGCCUUGUUAAUGAGUUUCAUUAAUAAGAAUAGAGAUAUUUCACUGAAAGAAAAUUAA